CGACCCGCUCCGAGCCGGUGCUUUGAGGGCUCCCCGCCUCUGGCCCGCCUGCCUGAAAACCAGAACCUAUGGCUCUCUUUUCAGCCUUUCAGACAACAUUCCUCUUGGCAUUGCUGUCCUUGAAAACUUACCAGAGUGAAGUCUUGUCUGAACCCUUGUCAUUGGCCCCUGAAUCACUGGAAGUUUCCAUCGAUUCUGCACGUCAGUGUUUGCAUUUACAAUGGAGUGUCCACAACCUUGCUUAUCAUCAGGAAUUAAAAAUGGUUUUUCAGAUAGAAAUCAGUAGAAUUAAAACAUCUAAUGUCAUCUGGGUGGAGAACUAUAGCACCACUGUGAAGCGGAACCAAGUUCUGCGUUGGAACUGGGAAUCCAAGCUUCCUUUGGAAUGUGCAAAACACUCUGUAAGAAUGAGGGGUGCGGUGGAUGACGCCCAGGUCCCCGAGCUGAGGUUCUGGAGCAAUUGGACUUCGUGGGAGGAGGUAGAUGUACAGAGUUCUCUUGGACACGAUCCAUUGUUCGUUUUCCCUAAGGAUAAGCUGGUGGAAGAAGGCUCCAAUGUCACCAUUUGUUACGUUUCUAGGAGCCAUCAAAACAACAUAUCCUGUUAUUUGGAAGGCGUACGGAUGCAUGGAGAACAACUUGAUCCAAACGUCUGUGUGUUCCACUUGAAGAACGUUCCUUUCAUUAGAGAAACUGGGACAAAUAUCUAUUGUAAGGCAGACCAAGGAGACGUUAUAAAAGGCAUCGUUCUCUUUGUAUCCAAAGUAUUUGAAGAGCCCAAGGAUUUUUCUUGUGAAACCCGGGACUUGAAGACUUUGAACUGUACUUGGGCUCCCGGGAGCGACGCUGGCUUGCUCACACAGCUUUCCCAAAGCUACACUUUGUUUGAAUCGUUUUCUGGGAAAAAGACACUUUGUAAACACAAAAGCUGGUGUAACUGGCAAGUAUCUCCAGACUCCCAAGAAAUGUACAACUUCACACUCACAGCUGAAAACUACUUAAGAAAGAGAAGUGUUCAUCUUCUUUUCAACCUGACUCAUCGAGUUCACCCAAUGGCUCCCUUUAACGUAUUUGUCAAAAAUGUAAGUGCCACAAAUGCCACCAUGACCUGGAAGGUCCACUCCAUUGGGAAUUAUUCCACACUAUUGUGUCAGAUUGAACUCUAUGGUGAAGGAAAAGUGAUACAAAAGCAAAAUGUUUCUGUCAAGGUGAAUGGUAAGCACCUCAUGAAGAAACUGGAGCCUUCCACAGAGUACGCGGCCCAAGUGCGCUGUGCUAAUGCCCACCACUUCUGGAAAUGGAGUGAAUGGACUCGUCGCAACUUUACCACGGCUGAAGCUGCUCCCUCAGAGGCUCCUGAUGUCUGGCGGAAUGUGAAGUCAGUGCAGGGACAUUGUGUCGUGACUUUAUUCUGGAAGCCACUAUCAAAAUUGCAGGCCAAUGGGAAGAUUCUCUUCUAUAAUGUAGUUCUAGAAAAUCUAGACAGACCAUCCACCUUGAAGCUCCUCUCCAUUCCUGCUCCGGCCAAUGGCACAGAACUAACCCUCGACCGGUGUUCUUACCAAAUCCACGUCACAGCUAACAACAGUGUGGGCACGUCCCCCGCUUCGGUCAUCGCCGUGUCCGGAGACCCUGGAAACAAAGAGGUUGAAGAAGAAAGAGUCAAGGGCACAGAGGAUGGAUUCUGUCUGUCUUGGAAACCCCAACCCGGAGACGUCACAGGCUACGUCGUGGAGUGGUGUGAACGUCCAGGGGACCCGCUCUGUGAUCUCCAGUGGAAAAACCUAGGUCCCAAUACCACAAGCACAGUUGUCAGCUCAGAUGCUUUUAGACCAGGGGUUCGAUACAACUUCAGAAUUUAUGGAAUUUCUACAGAAAGGAUUCCUUAUUUAUUAGAGAAAAAAACGGGAUACUCCCAGGAACUGGUGCCUUCAGACAACCCUCAAGUGCUCAUGAGUAACCUGACCUCCUACUCCUUUACUCUGAGCUGGAAGGACUAUGCCGCCGAGUCCCAGCCCGGUUUUGUACGAGGGUACUCCCUCUAUCUGAAGUCCAAGGCUGCGCGGUGCCUCCCGGGAUCUGAAAAGGCAGUCCUCUCAGAUGAUUCAAUAUGUUGCAAAUACAAAAUUGACAACCCCAAACAGAAGACAUUUGUCGUGGAAAACCUGCAGCCUGCGUCUUUCUAUGAGUUUUUCCUCACUCCAUACACCAGUGUCGGCGAGGGCCCCCAGGGCGCUUUCACAAAGGUCACAACUCCAGAUGAAUACUCCCAUAUACUGAUACGUAUCAUACUCCCCAUGAUUUUCUCCAUUUUGCUCAUCAUGAUCUUAUGCUACUUGAAAAGUCAAUGGAUGAAGGAGAAGUGUUACCCUGACAUUCCAGAUCCUUACAAGAGCAGCGUUCUGUCAUUAAUAAAAUCCAAGGAGAACCCCCGCCUAACAAUAAUGAAUGUCAAGGACUGUAUUCCAGAUGCUAUUGAAGUCAUAAACAAGCAGGAAGGCACUAGGAAGUCACUGACAGAAACUGAACCCACCAAGCCCACCUACCUUUACCUCCUCCCAACAGAGAAGAGCCACUCCGGGCCUGGUCCCUGCAUCUGUUUUGAGAACUUUACCUAUAAUCAGGCGGCUUCUGACUCCGUUUCUUGUGGCCACGUCCCAGUAACCCCUAAAGCCCAGCCAAGUCAGCUGGGACUGUUGACAUCAUCUGAAAAUGUACCGAAGGCACUAGGAAAAAACUACGUCAACUCCCUGGGAGAAAUACCAGCUGGAGAAACUAAUUUGAAUUAUGUGUCCCAGUUGGCCUCACCCAUGUGUGGAGACAAGUCCAGUCUCCCCACAAAUCCACCAGAGCCAGCACUGUGUUCAGAGUACAAAACGCAAAUGGCCAUUCCCAUGGGUCUGGCCUCUCCUCCCUCGAUUACCCUCUUAGAUGAAGGUGAGCAUGACCACUAAUCAGUAUGUACCCGUCGCAUGCCUUUCUGCUACACAGACACGAACAGGAGGCUCGGCGGCACCAUUCUGUCACCAGAUGCCUCGGUACGUAAACCCACCGAGUGGUCACGGGGGGGCGUGUGAGACCACUACGGUCUGGCUCGGUUUGAGAGGUCAGGAGCUAUGGAACUUAGCACUCCUCCUUGGAGCAGGCUUGCCGUAGACAUGGCAGGCUCCUGGGGACAGGCUCCCUUGCUGGUGUGCUCGAGGCCCACCUUUCGAACAGCAGGCCUGGAACCUGACAUAGAGAGACCCCAGACCCUCAGUACUGGACAGGGGGGCUGUGGUCCCACAAGUUCAGUUUUCAGUGAGGAAAUUUUCCAUUAAGCUUUACCCCCACGUCCAGGAUCUUUAGGGUAAAGGAACUAGAUUUAAGGUUUUAAUAAAGGCCACAGAAGAUUCGAUACUAGAGCAUGAAGUGUCAAUGUUAUUCCGGGUGUGUUUGAUGAAAAAAAUCACAGACGUUUGAGGGUAAAACAGAUUUUAGACUUGCCUUGAAGCGAUGAUAAUGUGUAGUUCACCGAUGCAGUAAAAUGAACUCUUCUGGGGGCACAGACCUUAGAAAGGUAGACACGUGAAUGAUCAGGAAGAUCCCACCUGCCUUUCCACUGAGCUUACUGCAUGCGAGGCAAGAGCGGGACUGGCAGGGACUCUUAACUUACUGUCAGGAUAACAGCACUCCUACUUGGUAGACAUCAGUCUUUGACCGUGAUUUUUGACAACUACCUCCGAAUAGAAACGAGAAAAUGUUAUUAAUUCCAUUCACAUUUUCUGUUUCCUCUUUUUUUCAAGAACUACUAUACAGAAAUGACCUGUUCUCAUUUGGCACCCUUUGGUCUUUGCAAUGGUCUGGGUCAAGAAAAUACCCUCACUGUCUUCAUUUAUAUUCCUGUUAUGCUAACAUAAUGAAUAAAGUGCACCCCCAUCGUUGGGCAUGGUUUAGACAUAAUUGUAAAAAGCUCUAUACAGGGUGGGGAAAUUCUGUAUUCGCUCAGCAGCGGCUUUGUCUCCUUGAACCAGUAUGUACAAGGCACCGGGGGCAUAGCGGGCAUUCCACACGUGCCCGGUCCUUUCUCUGCCUUCUGCCCAUCGGCGCUUUACGUUUAUUUACCAUGUUUUAAGCAAGCAUGUUUAGGAAGUCCUCGCUUGCUGUGCAGGAAGCGACAGCGCCUCCGCCUCUGGUACCGAACGCCCUGCACUGUGUCAUCGGCACCACACAGCCAAGACUGAGAGCAAAAGACGCACACCUCCAAGUAAGGUGACUGCCAACUGGCCGAAAUAUACCAGCACAAGCAGGGCUUCUGUUCAGGCUUUUCAACCUUUUCCUUACACAGAACUGAACCUUUUGCUGGAAAACUGGGCAUGUAUUCCUAACACUGUAAAAAUGAGUAUCUUGAGUAAUCUAACAGCUUUGAGAAGACUUUGGGGGCCAGUAUUAUCAUCACUUAGACUCCUUGCUCCUUUCUCAUGCAACUAUAAAAGAAAUGGCAAUGGCAGUGAAGACAGAUUUGUAACUAGUGUCUUUCAUAUGGAUUUUCUUUUAAAAAUCCACAAGACCUUGAAGUCAUUUUUGUUGCAAAAAAGCCUUAAUUAAAAUAUUUCGCAGCUGCA